AUGCCGUAUACGCCGCCACGUUCGUCGCAGCCUCCUACGUCGAUCCCGUUCGAGCUGUCGCUCUCGACGCAUCCGGGCACAUCGCAUUACCGGUCGUCGCUGACGCCCGUGUCGUUCCUGCUGCGCGCGGCGCUCAUCACACCGCGCAAGCUCGCCAUCACGCACCCCGAGCGCGGCUACGGCUUCACCUACGAGCAGUGGGCGGCACGCACGCUGUCGCUCGCAUUUGCGCUGCGCGCGGUGCCCGGAUUCAAGACCGGCGACAGGGUGGCGGUCAUCUCACCCAACGCGCCGCUGAUUGCCGAUGCCCACUACGGUAUCCCUGCAGCGGGCGGUAUCAUCACCCCGAUCAAUAUUCGCAAUACGCCCAAGGAGGUGGCGUACGUGCUCGAGCAUUCCGGAAGCACCAUCAUCCUCGCCGACCACGAGUUCAAGCAUCUGGUGCCUGAGAACCCCGGUCCUGGGAUCACCGUGGUGAUCAGCAAGGAUUCGGGUGGGCAGGAGGCAGAUGAUGCAUACGAGCAGUUCCUCGACCGUGGCUGGGUCGAGUGGCAGCGCGCCGAGAAGGCGCAGAUCGACCAGCACCGCCAGUCGUCCAAACCCACUGCGGAACCCAAGACUGGGUGGAAGCUCAUCGAUGCGCCGCAGGAUGAGGAGCAGCCCAUCGCGCUUUGCUACACGUCCGGAACGACGGGCAGGCCCAAGGGUGUGCUCACCAAUCACCGAGGCGCAUACCUCGCUGCGGUGGCCAACGCGUUCGAGGCGAACAUCACGCAGGACAGCGUGUACCUGUGGGUGCUGCCCAUGUUCCACGCGUGCGGCUGGACGUUCCCCUGGGCAGUCACUGCGUCUCUGGCGACGCACCACACCAUCCGCAAGGUGGACAACAAGGUCAUCUGGGACGCGCUGGUCAACCACGGCGUCACGCACUACUGCGGUGCACCCACGGUGCAGAUCGGACUCACCAACCACCCGGAUGCGCGAAAGCUGGAUCGCCGCGUCAACGUCGCCGUUGCUGCUUCGGCUCCCACGGCCAAUCUGCUGGCCAAGAUGGAGAGUCUGAAUCUGUACCCCGUGCACGUGUACGGUUUGACCGAGACAUACGGUCCGUUUACGCGGCGGUACUUUGAGCCCGAGUGGGCGAAGCUCGACGUGGACGCGCGCGCAAGGAUGAUGGCACGCCAGGGACAUUCGUACCUCACCUCGGACGAGGUGCGUGUGGUGCGCACCGAGUCGUCCAACGACAAGACCACUUCGGACCUCAUCGACGUCGCGCGCGACGGCAAGGAAACGGGCGAGAUCGUGGUGCGCGGAAACAUGACCAUGAUCGGAUACUACAACGACCAAGCCGCCACGGACAAGGCUGUCAUGAAAGGCUGGUUCCACACGGGCGACCUUGCUGUCCGCCACCCAGGUGGAGAGAUUCAGAUCCUCGAUAGGGGUAAGGAUAUUAUCAUCUCGGGCGGUGAGAAUAUCUCGUCGCUCAUGGUGGAGCAGGAGUUGGCGGCACAUGCGGAUGUGCUCGAGUGCUGCGUGAUUGCGCGCCCGCACGAAAAGUGGGGUGAACGUGGUCAGGCUUUCGUCGUGCUCACCGAACAGGCCAAGGCGAAACUGAACGCAGAGGCGCUCAAACGCAAGGGGAGCAAGGAGAACGUCGAGUUCGUAGAGCUGCUCAAGAAACACUGCAAGGAGCGCAUGUCGGGCUUCGCCGUGCCAGAGUGGUUCGACAUUGUCGACGAACUGCCAAAGACAAGCACGGGCAAGGUGCAGAAGAACGUACUGCGCGCCCGAUUCGCCUCCAAGCUCUAG